UCCAAAGGCUUAUCUUGUCACAACCAAUGUAUAGUGCGACUUGAGAACGGUCCGCGCUUGUCACUGAUAUGAUACGUAAACACCGCUUUACGAUGUUCCAAUUUCUUGUUUUCGCAUUUGUUGCUGUUACAUUUUCGAAUGGUUUUCUCGAGCAAAUCAGCUCCGAGUGCACGUGCGUCUUGGAAUUACAGCAAUUGGCAGGUCAGUUGACGACCCUCCAGAAUGCAGUUGGAAGUUUAAGUACAAAGCAGGCCUUGAUCGAUGCCCUGAUGAAGAACAUUUCAGCCAUGGAGCAGCAACUGAGCCACCUUAAUCAGGUCCUACAUAACCCGCAGGCCGUGGCCUUCACCGCUCAGCUGUCACAUGACAUGACCAACAUCGGUGCUAAUCAACCAGUGGUGUUUGAUCACGUGGUCACCAACCCUGGUAACUCGUAUGACAAGACGACCGGCCACUUCACGGCACCACAAAAUGGUUUGUACAUAUUCUACCUAACCAUCACGAGCUAUGCCAACUAUGGCUCCAGUUUUUAUCUGAUUAAGAACAGCCACAGCCUGCUCGCCAUCACGUCCACACCGACACUCGUGCAUGGUAACCAAACAAACCCUGAGACCAACACGCACGUCAUCACCGAGCAAUUGCACGCGGGCGAUCAGGUUUGGGUUCAGAACGGUCGCUUCAACCCGCACGAGGGUCUCGGUGGAAAUGAUCAGACGUCGUUUUCCGGUCACAUGAUCACGCCGUACUUCAGUCCAUAAAUGAGUUGAAAUUAAAUGAUCGCGAAACGGUCUCAAUUAUUACUCCCGUGCGCGUUAACGUAUAUGUACCCUUAAAAAAACAUUUCCUUAGUAAAUUUAUUUUCUAAACUGUUUUGCUGUCUUUGUUGGACAUUCAAUGGAUUUACAUGUAUUACAUUGCAAUUAUACCUUAAGCUUUG